CACCGCAGCUACAGAAUGCUGGCAGACACCGAGGAACUGCUGCCAGCUCAUCUGGAGGAAAGAGCGCGAACGGAAUUGAACGAGACGUCCCAGCGGCGAGCUGAGGCCCUCGAGGAACUACGGGCGUUGGUCGACGGCGAAGCAAUGGUGCUAAAGUCAAGAACAGAUCCACUGUUCCUACUCCGCUUUCUGAGGGCCAGAAAAUUCAACACACCUGCUGCGUUCCAGUUGCUUUGCAACUACUACAGAAUGCGGUUCGAAAAUCCCGACUUGUACCAGAAUCUGUACCCUUCAAGCGCCAAGGAAGUGUUCGACCUACAAUGUCUCGGUUUUCUCGAGGACACCGAUCCGGAAGGUCGCAAAGUCUUCUUCCUGCGAAUGGGCAAGUGGAGCCCCGACACCUGUUCCUUGGAAGCCAUGUACAAGCCGUGCACGCUCGCCUGGGAGCACGUGCUCGAGGAUCCAGCGACGCAGGUGAACGGCAUCGUGGCGCUGGUCGACCUCGAGGGCGGCUCGCUCAGACACGUCGGCUCCAUGUCGCCCGAGCACGCCUUCAAGAUUGUCUACUGCGUCCAGGUACGCGGUGCCAACGAAAGAACUCGCGAAAGUUCGUUACGGACCGCAGGACACAAGAACUACGCCAGCUUGCACGAGUACCUGCCUCGCGAAAUGCUGCCACGCGAGUACGGUGGACUUCGGAAGCCCCUCGACAACUCGGAGUUCGUCGACGCCCUGCUGCGGAACGAGGAAGCCUUCAGGUUACACGAGACGUUCGGAUACCGGCAUCGACCACAGCAACUCUCUUCAGCCGUGUCCGAGCGGGCGUCCGCGGUGGGCGACGGCGCAUGCUUUCCCCCGCGCAACGCCCGCGUCCAGCUGGCGCAGAAGCUGUGGCGCUGCUUCGCCCACUCGCCCUUGCUUCCGGACGACGUGUCCGAAGGAUCGGUGCACGCCAAGACGCUGCACAAGUACCUGAAAAAGAUGGAAGAGUCCAUUUGUUUUUUGUUUUUGUUUUCGCGAAUCCUGAGUGGAGGGCUGUUGCAAUACUGCCACAAUGCAGCUCCAGCGAGACGCACGGUGAGCUGCUCGCAGCAGGCGAUGACAACAGAUGCGGCUGCUGAUACGACGCUGCCGGACCUCGAGAAUGUCGCCCGAACCGAGCUGGGGGAGACGGCGGAAACCAGAGAACGAAGCCUGUCGCAGCUGCGACAGCUUAUCGACGCCGACACUUCCUUACUCUGGCCAACGGACGAGAAGUUCUUGGUUAAAUAUCUUCGGUGCCGGAAGUACAACGUGGAACUUGCCUUCAAUGCCAUGCGGAAGUAUUUCCGCGUGAGGCAGAACUCGCCGGAAUUUUUCAAGGCCCUCACGCCGUACACAGCAAGCUACGAAAAUGUCAUACUAGACAACCACCUCAUCAUGAUCUCCAACCACAGGGAUCCCAUGGGAAGGGCUGUGGCGAUGAUGAAACUCGGGGCCUGGAACACUGGCAUUUGUCCAAUCACCGAUCUGGUCAGGGCGGCUCUCGUUAUGGCGGAGUGGACGUUGCUGAACGAAGAGACUCAGAUACGGGGUGUCGUGGGCGUGUUUGACCUCAAGGGCCUGAGCAUAUCGCACCUCGCCCACUUCACUCCAUUCUUACUCGGGAAGUUGGCACAUAUUGUACAGGAUUGUUAUCCGGCACGCCUCAAAGCCGUUUACGUCACCAAUAAUCCUCCUAUUUUCGAACUUCUGUUCGCUGCUCUCAAGCCUUUCCUGAAAUCCAAGCUCUUGCGGCGGUUCCGGUUUCUAGGCUGCGACCCACGUACGUUCCAUGGCAUGCUCCCACCUGACUGCAUACCGGCAGAGUUUGGCGGCACCCACGAGGACUUCGAUUAUUCGAGCCAGCACAUGGACGUGACGAGCAUGAGCGACUACUUCGAAUACGUCAAUCGCUUCGGGUACGGGAAAUAGCGAACGGAUGAUGCAUCAUACUCGUCCUCAGGAAUAUUUAAGGCCCCUGGCUUUGUCGUCUGUGAUAGCGAACAGAUGUCGUGUUUUAUGCAGGUGUUUAUUAAAGAGUAUGAAUGAUUUGACUGGCUGACCGGUUAUUUUUGAUCCCUUAUGAUUCUUUGAUUAGUGCCCAAUGCGCAAUAUUCCCGCCAAUAUACCCGCCGAUUAAUCCUGCUCACGGAAAGUUUUCUUUUGCCGAAUUUCUUGCACCUCCUAAAUCAUGAAAAGUGUGCAGCUCCAGAACAGAUAGAGAAUUUUCAAUGCUUCUGCGAGUUUUGUGAUGUUUACAGAACGUUAUGCAAGUUAUACUAUUAACAAUUAUAAAGAUAACUCCAUACAAAUUAUAUAAAUCACAACUUAUACAUGGACUACGCUAAAUAGAUUAUAACUACAUGUUCAGAAGAAAAAAAAAAGAACACAGCUUUAAGGUUCCCUGUAUUUUUUUCUCAGACGUUACCGGCCGUUCCACCUGCACCGAAGAGUCUCUUUCGUGCUCAAAUGACUAACUUUAUUGACCAAAAAGCUGCACUGGACCUUCGUUGCGAAAGAGGCUGUUGUGCAUAGCUUUAGAUUACCCUUGGGCUCUUGAGGUUAAGUUACUUGCACACAAAUAUAGGUACACGAGUGUCUAUUUCAUGCUGUACGCAAGUAGAAAUGCGGUCACUGAGGUCAGGAAUUGAACCAAUGACCUUGUGUUUGUUCAGCUGUAGAAUGUUGUAGUCGUUUCUCAUGACAAAGACUUUCGUUACUUCCAUUUACGAUAUAGUGCAGUAUGUAAUUAAACAAAUACAUACAGGGUGUUUCACGUAAAUUGUGCCAAGGAUUUAAAAGAAAUGUGGUUAGCCGCUGCUGCACGACACCAAGGGCAUAUGGUUUGCCGUCAUGUGGCACUCCUUAAGGUAUUGUUUAUAUCCCGCUUACUUAGUUAAUUAACUAAGAUGAAUUAUACAAUAAUUUUAAUAUUCACUUAAGGGCCAAGUGUGUUUCGUUGCGUUGUAGAGGGGGUUCGGAAACGACCGAUCCAAUUUUUUUGUGACAACGUAUAUGCUGCGUGGCGUUUUUUUUUCAGCGUUUAAAGAAAGCCCGCGAUAUGUGAAAUAAAACUAUGUGACUGCGCUCUUUCACCUACGCACAGGCUCGCACAAUAAAAUGCAAGUUUCUUCAUUUACA